AUGCAGCAUCUAGCGCCGUCAAACCACCCAUGGUCAAAUGUGGAUCUCAAGGGUGGUCCGCCGAGCUCACGAAACACAGAUACACAUGACGAUAAACCAGCUUCCGUCGACCCAUGGACACUGUAUGAAGAUGAGAGUUACCGCCAUUUCUUUCGUCGAUAUCAAGCCAAAGAAAUCAUGAGAGGACACGAGCUUGCUCAAGAUCAAGACCUAUUCCAAAUUGUCUCGAAAUAUACGGAAGCCGACUUGCGACUGCUGCUAAUAUUCAUGGAAGAUGGGUCUUUGGAAUUUUUCAAGAAGUUAAGGAUGUUCUGGGGAAGCCAGAUUUUGGAAUGGAGAGAAUCUAUCGUUACAUCCUCUGCACCUACGACCAAGAGCCGAUCUUCAACAUCCGUGCGAGACUCUGGUUAUGAAUCUUGCCUCUCCGAUGAGAUGGACGGCUCAGCACGGCUCAGCACUGGCUCUUGCGGUUCAACGGGACAUCUGCAACUAAAUUACGGCAGCCCUUCUACUAGCAGCGCGCUUACAGAACAGCCAUCGCCUCUUACAUGUUCUUUUGCCUCAUCUUUUCCGUCUGAUAGUGGUAUCGAGCAGCGCCGGGAGCGCGCCCUGGAGGAUUUUAUGGUAGUCCGAUCAUCGCAGGAUCUAUCGAACGAGUCCGCAGACUCUAGUCCCAUGGAGACGACAACUAAGUUGAGCCGGCCUAGAUUGUUUGAGUGUAUGUACUGUGCACAGGAUUUUGUGAGAUCUGGGGACUGCCUAAACCAUGAGGAGAAUAACCAUAGUCAACGCAAGGAAUGGAUAUGCCCGCAUUGCCAAAUUCGUUCCAAGACAAAGGCCGGACAUGACCGCCACCAUAGGAAUCACCACUGCCAACCAUGCGCAGAGCCGGAGCGAGUCGAGAUUCUUUCAGAUCCGAAGACAGCAUGUGCAUGUCCCUACUGUAGCACGCUUUUCGAAGGCAUUGGAUGUUUUGCGUUGCGAGCGAACCACAUCAAGUUGACUCAUUACAAAGUCGAGCCACGCAAGACUAAAGAGGACUUAGAUCAUUCUCGCAUGAUCAGGAUUUUACUCCGACGAGAAGGCUUCUCUGGUCAGUGGGAAAACUUCCUAGCAGGACAGGCAAAGGUACCCAUGGGUUGGAAAGCAGAACACGCUAGGGAGCUAGUCGACGAGUUGGAAUUUGGAGACUAUCCGAAGAGCGGGCAGAUUCAGCGCAUCUACGAUCUCGCAGACAAACGAACACUUCCUUUCAAGAGUCUCUCGAGUAUGGCAUACUCGCCGGGCCGCCUGCGUGAGCCCGAGGGCCGAUCGAUAACCCCAGUUAAUAUUUCGAAGGCAUCAGAGAUUAACGGAGGCAGUGCGAAUAACCUAGGCAAUGGUACCAACAUCUUCGAAUACAGUGAGGAUACCAUGGACUUCGUACUUGACCGCAGCCAGGCGCCAACACCUAAAGCUCCCGCAACGAAGAUUAGCCAACGCACAAAACAAAUAUUGACAGCAUCCAUUUCGGAUGAAGGCCAGUAUACACCCAGUUUGCUCAAUUCGGUCGCUACUUCGCGUGUCAAAUCUCGAGACGAGCAGCUCUCCCCACAGCUUCCCUUCAGCCUCCGCGGUGAUGUAUUCAUGGGCUCGCGGAGGGAUGCUUCGGAAUUCCACGAUACCAUGCCCUUGUCCCGUAGGAAUGCAACCAUUGACCUUUCUCCUGCCCCACGAAACCCAACACCUCCGUCGUACUCAUGGAAUUGGAGUCAAUUGGAUGAUCCUCUAAUGCGCAUGGAAGAUAUGAUGACGCACCAAAUCUUAACGUCGACCCAAGCUUUGAGUAAUACUCCCACAUAUACAUCCCCAGCUUGGGAGGAUGCUCUCCCUCCAUCUCUUCGAGCGACUACCGCAAACAGUCCCCCCCCUGCUGCUCCUUUGCCUUGGCAUCCUCAAAGACACAGCCCAAAGGGCCCUGUCUCGCGACAUUGA